AUGCCAAUUGAUCAAGAAAAACUAGCUAAAUUGCAGAAGCUCUCUGCUACCAACAAGGUUGGUGGUAUCCGUAGAAAGUUCGCCAAGAAGACCGGUUCUUCUGCUGGUGGAAACAAAGAUGACACUCAGUUGCAAGCUCAAUUGGCCAAGUUGCGUGCCGUGACUAUUGACCAAGUCGAAGAGGCCAACUUUUUCAAGGAGGACGGCAAAGUCUUGCACUUCAGCAAGGUUGGUGUCCAAAACGCUCCUCAACACAACACCUCUGUGUUCUACGGUAUUCCUCAGGAAAAGACUCUGAACGAAUUGUUCCCAUCUAUCAUCCCUCAACUCGGUGAGGAGUCUAUCAACGCUUUGACCCAGCUAGCCUCGCAAAUGAAGGGCGCUGAAGGUGCACAAGGCGCUCCAGGUGCCGACGAGAAAGUCGACGCUGACAUCCCAGAGCUAACUGGUCAAAACUUUGACGCCGACGUCGAGUAA